AAGUACACUAUAGUUUAAAUAUAUAUAAAUGUAAUUCAAUUGUUUUACAAAUGUCUGAUACAAAAGAAACAAUUCAAACGACCACAAACACAACUUUAAUAAUUAGUGAAGAUAAUCAGCACUCAUUCAAUGAUUCCAUAAAUAGCGCUACUUGUACUGAAGAUAUUCCAUACUGUUCUAAAGAGACAACAAGUAAAAUGAAUUGGAAUAAUAAUUCACAUAAAAAUGUUCACUUUUCAAACUCCUUUCGUAAAUCCAUCGAUUUGUCUAUCAAUGUACCAAAUGAACAAUUGAAAAAUUCACCAGAAAAAACAAGUUCAUCAUCAAUGAAAGAUGAACACCACACUACAAUUAAUGGAGUAGGUAAAAAUUGGAAAAAUGUUCGUCAUACAAUGAAAUUUGUUUUAUCAAAUAAAUCAAAACCCAAAUCCGAACAUAAUGAUUCUAGUCGUGAUUCAUUUCUCUAUCGUUUUUCAACACAACGACGUGGAACAUAUAUAGAAGAAAUGGAGAACCAAACUGAAAAUUCAUUGUUAGAUUAUCAAACAUCUUUUAAAUUGGAAAAUCAUACUAAACUACAAAAUGACAGAAAUGUACAAGUUGGUGCAUCGUCUGAAUCAUGGUUUGGUCAACAAGUAGAGAUUGAUGAUAAACAACAUGAGAUGGAACAUUUACUCAAUCUCUUAUCACCAUUGCAAAAUCACUCCGUUGUAGACAAUUUAUUGAUUAAACCAGAAAUGGAACUAGUUGAUAAUGCACAAAGCCAUCAUCAACUAUCAUCAUCAUCAUCAUCUCCUGAAAAAAAAUCACACACUGACAAUAAUCAUCAGACAACUGACGUGGAUGUUGAUCAGGCGCCAAAUUGGAAAGCAACCCUCAUGUCGACAUUACAAAAACCAUUAAACAUUUUUAUAUUUCAUUCAAAUAGUUUUGGUUAUUUAAUCUGGUUAACAUUUGUAUCUUUAGCGCUGUUAUAUAAUUUAUGGUCAGCGAUAGCACGUCAAGCAUUUACUGAAUUACAAGUUACUUAUCAACUGUUAUGGUUUAUACUAGAUGCCUUCGCUGAUAUUACUUAUAUCAUUGAUAUAUUUGUACAAUGUAAUACAAGUUAUUUAAAAUGUGGUUUAAAAGUACGUGAUCAUCAAAAACUAGCUAAGCGUUAUAUGAAAUCUUAUAAAUUCUUAUUGGAUUUAUUCUCAUUACUCCCGUUGGAUUUGUUACAAUUUAAAGUUGGCAUACAACCAAUGUUACGUUUCCCUAGAUUUUUGAAAUGUUAUCGAUGUCAUGAAUGGAAAGUACGUGUGGAGAAUCGAACUAUAUUCCCUAAUUUAUGGAGAGUUUUAAAUUUAAUUCAUAUUUUAUUCUUAGGAUGUCAUUGGUUUGCUGCAUUUUAUUAUUUAUUAUCAAAAUUUGAAGGAUUUAAAAAUCCAUGGGGAUAUCAACCGACAACAAUUUAUAAUAAUAAUAUCAACAACAGCCAGAACAUUCUGGAAAAUGAUACAAUUUCACGAAUUUAUUUAAAAUCAUUCUAUUGGGCUACAUUGACAUUGACAACUAUUGGUGAUUUGAGUGCACCAACAAGUAGUAUAGAUGUCCAGGAUCACGAAAAUUCUGUGUCAAAUCUAUGGCUUACAUUCACAAUUGUAUCCUAUUUGACUGGAGUAUUUGUAUUUGCUACAAUUGUAGGUCAGGUUGGUAAUAUCAUUACUACAAGAAAUGCUGAUCGUACUGAAUUCGAGAAAAUCUUGGAUCAUGCAAAAAGUUACAUGCGGGCGAAUUCAGUGGAUAAAGAUUUACAAAGUCGUAUAUUAAGAUGGUAUGACUAUGCAUGGUCUAAAGGUUGCGGCAGUGGUGGUCAAGAUAUUAACACAAUUGGUUUAUUACCAGAUAAAUUGAAAACUGAAUUAGCGUUAAAUGUAAAUUUGGAAACAUUGAAAAAAGUAACCAUAUUUCAUGAAUGCAGACCAGAAUUUCUGCAUGAUAUUGUUUUGAAAAUGCGUCCACUAGUUUUUACACCUGGUGAUCUAAUAUGUCGUAAAGGUGAAAUAGCUCGUGAAAUAUUUAUCAUUGCUGAUGGUGUACUGGAAGUGAUAAGUGAUUCCAACGAAGUUUUAUCAAGGAUGAGUGCUGGUGACUUCUUCGGUGAAAUCGGUGUACUCAAUGUGGAUGGAGUGAAUAAACGAACAGCUGAUGUACGUGCUGUCGGUUAUGCGGAAUUAUUUGUUUUAUCUCGAGAAGAUAUUUUGAAAGCUUUGAAAGAUCAUCCAGAAGCUGAGGUAGUCAUUAGAAAACAUGCAACAAGACGCCUUUGUGAAACACGUGUACGUCAACAAGCACAUUUGUAUGGAAAAAAAUCACCAACAUUACAAAAUAAUUUAUGUAAAUCUUUCACUACAACUGGUACCCAUGAAAAUAAUUCAACUAAGUUAGAAAUACCACAACAGUUUAGAAUGUUAAACAAUUUAUCAGAACAGUUACUUGAUAAUGAAAACCAGACAACAAUUAAUUCUGCUACAUUAGCACAAUGGAAAGUAAAGAAUUCCAGUGGAAAAAAUGAAACAAAUCAAUUGAUGCAAACACUAGAUCAAUUUGCAGAUCGAUGGGAAACAAUACUAAUGAAUAUAACUAAAAAUUACCGAGAGGAAAUGAAUUCACUACGUGAACAAAUACUACAGUUCAGUUCAACGAAUACAAGUUGAUACUAUUAUAUAUAUAUAUAUUGAUAAGGACAAUUGCCAAUGUACUUAAAUACACAAUAUGUUCUUUGUAUGGAUAUAUGUA